AGCAGGGCUGUCAGUGCUCGUAAAUAUAUACCGUAUACACACACAGAUCUAUACAUAUAGGGGAAUACACAAUGGGAGUCGUAAGCUUGGAGAAAAUUGUUGCCCUACGGAAGAAGACUGCUAAUAUCCGGAAUAUCUGUAUUUUGGCUCAUGUUGACCAUGGCAAGACAACGUUGGCUGACUGCCUUAUAUCUAGCAACGGGAUCAUCUCCAGUCGGCUAGCAGGGAAGUUGCGUUACUUGGACAGUCGAGAAGAUGAACAAAUCCGAGGGAUAACCAUGAAAUCCAGCGCUAUCUCCCUGCAGUACAAAGAUGGCGAUGAAGAAUAUCUCAUCAACCUGAUUGACUCUCCUGGACACGUAGACUUCUCUUCUGAAGUCUCAACUGCAGUCCGCCUAUGCGAUGGCUCUAUCAUUGUGGUCGAUGCUGUAGAAGGAGUCUGUCCGCAGACACAGGCAGUGUUACGCCAAGCGUGGCUUGAGAAUAUUCGUCCCGUCCUUGUCAUCAAUAAAAUUGAUAGAUUGAUAGUUGAACUGAAGCUGUCUUCUCUGGAAGCAUAUGCACAUCUGCAGAAGAUCCUAGAGCAGGUAAACGCUGUUACGGGGAGCCUUUUCACAUCUAAAGUCCUAGAAGACAGAGCUGAAAAGGAAAUGGAGAAUGAAGGAAAAUCAGAAUGUGUGGAAGGAGAGCAGGUGUAUGACUGGAGUGCCGGUCUGGAAGAAACGGAUGAUUCCCACCUUUAUUUCUCACCAGACCAGGGCAAUGUGGUUUUUGGCAGUGCCAUCGAUGGAUGGGGCUUUACCAUAGAUCACUUUGCCCAACUCUACAGCCAGAAAGUUGGUAUUAGGGCUGCUGUCCUCCUGAAGACACUCUGGGGGGAUUACUACCUGAAUGCUAAAGCCAAGAAGAUCAUGAAAGGAGCUCAGAACAAAGCAAAGAAGCCUUUAUUUGUGCAGCUCAUCCUGGAUAACAUAUGGAGUCUGUAUGAUGCAGUGAUUAAAAGAGAGAAGGAAAAAAUUGAGAAGAUAGUUUCUUCCUUGGGGUUAAAAAUCAGCCCCAGGGACUCCAGGCACUCUGAUCCGAAGGUCCAAGUAAAUGCAAUCUUCAGUCAGUGGCUUCCAUUAUCGGAAGCUGUCCUCUGUAUGGUGUGCAGGAAGCUCCCUAGUCCUCUGGAUAUCCCAGCAGAAAGAGUGGAAAGGCUUAUGUGCGGGGGGUCCCGACGGUUUGAUUCCCUGCUUCCAGAGACUCAGCAACUGAAAGAAGCUUUUCUGCAGUGUCGGAGCGAGGAGAACAUGCCAGUCAUUAUCUUUGUUUCCAAGAUGUUUGCGGCCGAUGCGAAGUCUCUACCCAAACACAAGCAGCGGCCAUUAACUCAGGAAGAAAUCGCAUUGAGAAGGGAGGUUGCAAGACAGCGGCACGCCGAAAAGAUGGCAAUCAAUCAGGGGCAACAGCCUGCGGAGCAGGCUCCUUCCAGCAAUGAACGUGAAAUUACUGCAAACAAUGGAAACACAAAAGGUGACCAGCCUUCACCUAGUGAGAUUUUGGAUUUGAACCCGAAAACGAGCGUUGAUGACGACAAAAGUACUUUCAUUGCUUUUGCUCGUGUUUUUAGUGGUGUGGCACGCAAAGGACAAAAGAUAUUUGUUUUGGGACCGAAAUAUGAUCCAAUAAAAGCACUGCACAAGUUGUCUCCUGUCUGUGGCCCAGGAGAGGACCUUCCUUCCAUUCCUCACAUGGCAUGCUGUACUUUGGACAACCUUUAUCUUCUUAUGGGCCGGGAACUGGAAGAACUGGAUGAAGUACCUGCAGGCAAUGUGUUGGGUAUUGGUGGCCUGGAGGAGUUUGUUCUGAAGUCGGCAACAUUGUCCACAUCACCAGCCUGUCCACCAUUUAUUCCUCUGAACUUUGAAGCUACACCAAUUGUCCGCGUUGCUGUUGAACCAAAGCAUCCAAGCGAAAUGCCGCAGUUGGUGAAAGGCAUGAAGCUUUUAAACCAGGCAGAUCCCUGCGUGGAAGUGUUAAUCCAGGAGACCGGGGAACACGUGCUGAUCACAGCGGGAGAGGUGCACUUACAGCGCUGCCUGGAUGACUUAAUAGAGAGGUUUGCAAAGAUUCAGGUCAGCGCAUCAGCCCCCAUUAUCCCGUUCAGAGAAACCAUAAUAAGGCCACCUAAAGUUGACAUGGUGAACGAAGACAUUGGGAAGCAGCAAAAAGUUAUACACCAUUUAAAGGAAGAACAGAGUAAGACUCCAGAGGGAGUCCAGAUUGAAGGUGACGGCCUAGUAACGGUGACAACAUCAAAUAAAUUAGCAACGCUGAGUGUCAGAGCCAUGCCACUUCCUGAAGAAGUGACUCGGCUUCUAGAAGAGAACAGUGACUUGAUUCGAACCAUGGAACAAAUUAACUUGGCCUUAAGUGAGGGUGGCAACACCAAUGGGAUUAAUCAAACCACUUUAGAUAGGAUUCAAGAUUUUAAACGCAAGCUUGAAGCUCAUCUACAGGGAAGGAGAUGGCGGAAUGCUGUAGAUCAGAUAUGGUCCUUUGGUCCAAGACGUUAUGGACCAAAUAUCUUGUUAAAUCGUAUUGAUGGUUAUGAAGGACCAUGUAUCUGGCAAUGCCUGGAAAAAAAGGCCAAAGAGACUAAAUCUAGAAACUUUGACAACAGCAUUAUCAGUGGCUUCCAACUUGCAACUCUCUCUGGCCCAAUGUGUGAAGAGCCUCUAAUGGGUGUUUGUUUCAUUGUGGAGAAACUGGAUGUAUACAAGCUCCCCGUGGAGUCCGGAAAACAGGAAGAGAAUAUUGUAGGUGAGCAUGUCCAGGAGGACACAUCUGCUGUAUUGACUAAUGAGGCUAUCGCAAAUACUGACGAAGGAAAAACGCUUGAACAGAAGAGCCAGGAUGGUGCAAAACCCCCGGAGAGGACCGGCAAACGCAAAGGGGAAUCGCAUAUUGUAGACUGUUACGGCCCUUUCUCGGGACAGUUAAUUUCUACAAUGAAAGAAGCUUGCCGCUAUGCUUUCCAAGUAAAACCUCAGAGGCUCAUGGCAGCCAUGUAUACCUGUGACAUUAUGGCAACAGCAGAAGUGCUGGGCCGGGUGUAUGGUGUCCUCUCAAAAAGGGAAGGUCGUGUCCUGCUGGAGGAGAUGAAAGAAGGAACCGACAUGUUCAUUAUCAAGGCAGUCUUGCCAGUGGCGGAAAGUUUUGGCUUUGCUGAUGAAAUAAGAAAGAGGACAAGUGGUCUGGCCAGCCCGCAACUGGUGUUCAGCCACUGGGAGGUUAUCCCGAGUGAUCCGUUCUGGGUACCAACGACAGAGGAAGAAUAUUUGCACUUUGGUGAGAAGGCGGAUUCUGAAAACCAAGCCUGGAAGCACAUGAACUCCGUAAGGAAGCGGAAGGGGCUCUACGUGGAAGAGAAACUCGUGGAACAUGCCGAGAAGCAGAGGACUCUAGGCAAAAACAAAUAAUGAAAUACAAAGUUUCCUCUGCAGACCUUGUGGACUUUCCUCUAGAACAUCGUUUGAAAUUGUUGCUGGUGUAAUGUGAACCAGAUUUUAAUAAACCUGACUGUUCAAGCUGUUCGAAGCA